AUGAAUAUUAGAUACGAUAAAAAUGUGGAAGGGAAUGACGACGAAAAUUAUUUCUCAAAUGCUCUGAAAGAACUUUUACAAAAAUUUUCUUCGAUUAAAAAUCCUGGCGGGGAAGAUGAACACUUACAAGAAUGUAUUCAGAGCUGUGCCGAGAUAGGUGACGAAUCUGGUAUGUGUACUUUGGCAGAUGCGCUUUUACGUGGUGUUGGGACGAAUGUUGACGUUCAUCAAGCUUUGAAAUUGUAUCGAAAAGCAACAAAUUUGAAAUGUGUGCGUGUUG